CCCUCGCGCACUGUACAGUACAGUACCCGACGCUCGUGCCCUCCCAGCGACUGCUGCGUGUGGGAUGGAAUUGCAGUGCAUGCGGCGGCGCUGUUGAUUUGUGUACCGGGGUUGUUUUAUCAUUUGCCCCCCACCCACCACCCUUUUAAAUUAGAAGCUAAUAAAAUUUAAAAAAAGAUUUAAAGCAACAAAAUGCAAGCGCUGAUACCGGUGAUUAAUAAACUACAGGAUGUGUUCAACGCUGUUGGAGCCGAGACGAUUCAAUUGCCGCAGAUUGUGGUCAUAGGAACGCAGAGCAGCGGCAAGAGCUCGGUGCUGGAGGGCCUGGUGGGGCGCGGGUUCCUCCCGCGUGGCACGGGCAUUGUGACGCGCCGCCCGCUCGUCCUGCAGCUCACGCACGUCUCGCCCGAGGAACGACGUGCCGCAGACUUGUCUAAUGGCGACGACGUUCAUUUCCGAAAGAACGCCCACCUCUAUAAAGGGAUCGACGCAGAAGAAUGGGGGAAAUUUCUGCAUACCAAAAACAUGAUAUUCACAGACUUUGAUGAGAUCCGCAGGGAGAUCGAAAAUGAGACCGAGCGUGUGACGGGUUCGAACAAGGGAAUUUGUUCAGAUGCUAUCCACCUCAAGAUCUUCUCUCCACACGUCCUGAGUCUCACGCUGGUGGACUUGCCAGGAAUCACGAAGGUUCCAGUGGGCGACCAGCCGCCGGACAUUGAGUUGCAGGUGCGAGAGAUGGUGCUCAGCUACAUCUCCAACCCAAACUGCAUCAUCCUGGCGGUCACGCCCGCCAACACGGACAUGGCUACGUCGGAGGCCCUCAAGAUGGCUCGUGAGGUGGACCCUGACGGGCGCCGUACACUGGCUGUCGUCAGCAAGCUGGACCUCAUGGAUGCCGGCACGGACGCCACGGACGUGCUGCUGGGGCGCGUCGUGCCCGUCAAGCUCGGGAUCGUCGGGGUCGUCAACCGGAGCCAACUCGACAUUAACAAGAACAAGAGCGUGUCGGACUCGUUGAGAGACGAAGAUGUGUUCCUGCAGCGGAAGUAUCCGGCUCUAGCCAACCGCAGCGGAACCAAGAACCUCGCCAAGACUCUCAACAGGCUGCUCAUGCACCACAUCCGCGACUGCCUGCCCGAGCUGAAGGCGCGCGUGAACAUGCUAGUGGCGCAGUACCAGUCGCUGCUGAGCGGCUACGGCGAGAUGGUGGACGACCCCAGCGCCACGCUGCUCAGCAUCGUCACCAAGUUCGCCAGCGAGUACUGCCAUACCAUCGAGGGCACGUCCAAGCACAUCGAGACCUCCGAGCUGUGCGGAGGGGCCAGGAUUUGCUACAUUUUCCAUGAAACGUUCGGACGAACGCUAGAGUCUCUCCACCCUCUGGGUGGCCUCACCACCAUGGACGUCCUCACGGCCAUCCGCAACGCCACGGGGCCCCGGCCGGCGCUGUUCGUGCCGGAGGUGUCGUUCGAGCUGCUCGUGAAGCGGCAGAUUAAGCGGCUGGAGGAGCCGGGGCUGCGCUGCGUGGAGCUGGUGCACGAGGAGAUGCAGAGGAUCGUGCAGCACUGCAGCAACUACAGCACGCAGGAGCUGUUGCGGUUUCCCAAGCUGCAUGAUGCCAUCGUGGAGGUGGUGACCUCCCUGCUGAGAAAGCGGCUGCCCUUCACAAACGAGAUGGUCCACAACCUGGUUGCCAUUGAGCUGGCGUACAUCAACACCAAGCACCCGGACUUUGUUGAUGCGUCUCUCAUCUCGGCGAUGAUUGACAGGAGUCUGGAGGGGAGCCGAAGUCUAGAUUUUCCGACGGAGCCUGGCUGGCGUGGUUCACCACGGUGGGGUUGCCACCAGACCAACGCCGCCGCCGCCACCACCGCCGUCACCACAACCUCCGCGAACGCCGUCUCUGCCACGGACAGUCGGCCCAAAGUGCAGGACGCUGCGCCUGCGGGCCACGGCAAUCGAGGAGCCGCCAUUAACCUGCUGGACGUGCCCGUGCCCUCCUCGCGGAAGCUGACGUCGCACGAGCAGCGCGACUGCGAGGUCAUCGAGCACCUCAUCAAGUCCUACUUCCUCAUCGUGCGCAAGAACAUCCAGGACAGCGUUCCGAAAGCUGUCAUGAAUUUCCUGGUGAAUUUUGUCAAAGAUCAUCUGCAGAGUGAGCUGGUAGGGCAGCUCUACACACCGCAUAUCCUCUGCGACCUUCUGGUGGAGUCUGAGGACAUCGCCCAGCGCCGUAACGAGGCCCUCUGCAUGCUGCAGGCAUUGCAGCGAGCAAACCAGGUCAUCUCUGAAGUCCGGGAGACCCACAUGUGGUAAAAAAAAAACAGGGAGAUACGGACGUUAAAGUGUGAAACCUGAUGACGCACGCAAACACACACACACACAUGGUCACACACACAUGGUCACCCUCACACACAGAGCUUUGCCCAUCGUACUCCCAAAUAUGGCAAUACUUGUAUAGAAUUAAAUGAACACUUCUUAACCAUAGAAUGAUACAGCACUUACUCGGGUUGUAAGGAUUCAUCAAUUCUUAUUGACUCGCACGUCACACGCAUCGAACCCUGCAAAGUAAAUCUUGACGUAAAGAUUUCGUGACUGCAGGAAUUCAUGUUCUUGGCUCUUUUGGUAAAGUCACGUAGAUAGGUUCAAAGAAAAUAACAAAACUAUGACGUU